CUCCUCGUCCUCUUUCAUAAGCCUCCUCCUCUCCUCUCUUAGCUCAGUCUGUCUGGAACUCUUGACGGAACUUGUCUUCACUUCCCGGGACUUCUCUCCAUCAUGACUCGGGUUUCUCCGGCCGUGUGUGUGUGGCUGCUGUUUGGGCUGCAGGCUGUUGCUGCGGUGAAGGCCUACUGCCCUCUUGUCCUACCAGUAUAUCUGAUGGAAAAUGUAGACUACACCAAAGACGUUGUUUUCAAGAUUUAUUCCUAUUUUGAUGAUGGGAAUGGGAAUAUUGUAUACUCUCUAGAAGGCAGGGGUGCAAACCAAAAUCCCUUCAAUGUGUUUGUAGUCAACCCUAGAAGUGGACACAUUCGUGUCACCAAAAUUCUUGACAGGGAAUUCAUCAAAUCCACCAUGCUGGAAGGUGUUGCUAGGUACAAGAAUGGCAGCCUUGCAGAGAGGAUUAUGUAAGCGUUACAAUUCGAGGUUAUGGAUGACAACGACAACUCUCCAGUGUUUCAAGACAUCCAGACCGGGGUGAAUGAGGGGAGUCCUGUAGGUUAGUGUUUCUGCUUUUGUGUAACAUGUCUAUACUGUUUCGUAAUCCUUGAUAGCUUCAUUAAAUUAUGAUUAAAAUAAAAACAACUUUUGAUUUGGAUCUGCAAGCUUUUCCUUUUUGUUACAUCUCUCUCAUGUUUACAUUCAGUGUUACUCUCCAAAACACAUUAUUCCUGCGUU